CUUUAUUAUUUUUUUGUACAGAGUUGUUGAGGAUUUGCAUUGGUAUACCUGAGAACAGAGCAGGAAUGGUAAUAACACUGUUUAAUUGCUGCUAAAUAUGAGGUUCUCCUCCAAGAGCACAUUUUGCCACGAGUUUGUAUGAGUGAGUCGUUGCCUGAGCUGCUACUCCACUGAAUUGCUGGCAGUUCGAACUGACUGUAAAGCAAACCCUUUCCAUUAAAGUGCUCUUUAAAUACGUCACUGUAUGUGCUGUCAAUCGGGACUGCCCUAGCGCGCGUAGUUAUUUGCAGGCUCAGAUGUUAUAAGACAGCAGAACAAAGGCGCACAAAUAAGCAUAUCUGAAGUGCCAUGAAGUGUGAGGUAAAUACUCUCUUUGCUGUACAACAGUUCAUUUCGUCGUUGUUCACUGUAGCUGUGGAACCGCGGGUAUUCCCUCACAGCACCCAGGGCUUUCACCGCCUGAGUUACCAGGCGCGGCUGCUACGCGUCUCCUGAGACUCUCUUACUCCAGAUUAUUCCUCUUGAUCUGGAAAACGCACAGAAUUACUCAGCGUCGGCGUGACAGAUCGCUAUGCGAGGUUGAACGAGCCGAACUCCCACUCUCCCACUUCCAGGUGAGAUGGACGGCGCCUCGCCUUCCCCGGCCCGGAACGUUUGGAGGCCGGAACCUUCGGACCCCUGGCGGGGAAAAGGCGUGGGGAAGGAAAAGGAGCGCGCGCGGCGCCGCCAUUGCGCAGGUUCCAUUCCCGGCGCUGCCAUUCCCGGCCUGUUUCUUCCUGGCCAUGUACCGGCCGGGAUUCCGCGCGCCCACACCUCCCUACGCGGGCGGCGGCUUCCGGAGCCCCCCCUCCGGCGGAGGGCCCCUGCCGCCCUCCCCGCGGGGCUACGGGAGCCCCCACCACACGCCGCCCUAUGGGCCCCGGCCCGGCCCGUACGGCGGCGGCCUCUCGCCCCGCGGGCCCGGGUUCCAGGGGCGCUUCGGUAGCCCCUCGCCGGGGGCGCAGACACCGCGCAGGCCGCAAAGCGUCAGCCCCCGGUACCCGGCUCCCUACGGCGGCGCGGCCGCGGCCGGGGCGCCCCUGCACCUGCCGUCGCAACACAAGCGCUCGCCCGGGGGCUUCCAGAGGCACUUCCAGGGAUCACCCAGGACAUCUACUCCAUUUGGUACAGCGCAUGGCAGAGAGAAAAGAGUGUCUAAUGAUGUGGAAAACUAUUACAGACCUUCAAUGCUUGAGGACCCAUGGGCUGGCCUAGAGCCAGUUUCUGUUACAGACAUAAACCAGCAAUACAGCAGUGAGCAAACAACAUGUACUGGUAAAAAAGGGAGGUAUUUCAGCUAACACUUUUAAAGGCCAAAUAACUCCAUCUUGUCAGGAAAACUUUGGGACAAAAUCUUAACAGUUACACAAGAUGAACAAUAAUCAAGACCUUAGAUAAUGCUUUUAUUUGAACGUAUGUCCACCCUUUUAUCCUACUUUUUUUUAUUGCAUUGGAUAUUUUUAUGUAUGAGAUGGAAAAGGAGUGGUAGGAAACCUUACAUUUCUGGCUAUGUGGAAGUGCCUACCAGCUUUGAAGAACAAAGUGUUCUUUAAUCACCAGCGACUGAUUUGUGGCUGUUAAAACAGGUUUCCGUAUACUUACCUCUUCCAUGCCAGAUUGUUAGCCUUUUAUUGUAAAGUACUUUAGGAAGUGGUAUUUUUUUAUGUUUCAACAUUUUUAGAAUGAAGUAACUUGGAAAUAAAAUAAAGUUUUGUAAAUUCUUGUUUUGUAAUGUAUAAAGAAUAUUUUAGGACUCUUGUUAAGGUGUACACAUUAACACAAAUAGUACUAUUGAAAUUAGGUGACUUCUGUAAAUGUGCUUGUAUGCCAUAGUUAACCUGUGGUUUUGUGCAGUGAUUUUUGUUAAUUGCAGUGUAACGUGAAGUUUAGCCAUCUCAGGAAACAAAUGUAUUGCUUUUGGAAAGUUUAAUUUGUUGAACCAACUCUUGAGUCACAAACUUAAUUCUGUAAUCAUUUGCUUUUGUGUUUAAAAAAAUAUAGUUGAAUCAAUAUUAGACAUUUUUGGAUUAUAGUAACAAGUCUGUUCAGUGGCAGUUUAAGUCUAAAGAGUACAUAAAACAUCAAGAUAAAGUAACUGGAAAUGUUCUCUGUGGGGUCCACCUGUUUAGAAUAGUAUAGAAUGAAUGACAGGUUUUGUUAUACUGUUGACAUUAGUACAUGCAUAGCUUUUUUUUUUAAUCUGUACAAUAUUUUCCAAUUAUUUUUUAUUUUUACUUAUGGCAGGAAUCAUUGCCAGGAGAGCUGUUUUGUGUGUGUGCAUGCUAUAUUUUUAUACUGAAGUGGAAAACAAGGAGUUGGUUUUUUAGACCUUGUCUUUACAUGGAAGAUCCAUGCAUCUCAAGUACGUCACCUCUGUUUUCCCCCAGCUGACCCUGUUGUUUUAGUAUUAUAUCCAAAAAGGCCACUCAGAGAACUGAGAACGUAAUGCCUUCUGGAUAUCAAGAAUGGUUAAAUCUUCAUCCCAGAAUCAAAAGAACUGUGCCUUAAAUGGCAGCUAUCAGUAUCAUUAUCUGUAAUAGAUACCAGCAAAACUGAGAUGACAAGUUGCAGAUAGUCUUUAGAAUUUAUACAUCAGUUAAUUGAUGUCAAUUGUGAAAAGUGAAGUAUAAAGUUUUCUUUCUUUUUUCUUUUUUUUCUUUUUUUAAAACCUUGUCAGGUGCUGUAAAGCUCACAAAAAAAAAAAGUCACCUUUUUUUUAUUGCUAUUUCCCAUGUGAUUGAAUGCAAUUUAUUUUUUGCAAUGUUUGGUGACCUUGGAGAAACAAAUAUGAUUUUAUUCAAGACACUAAAGCUCUGAUGUGUUCACAGUUAGAUAUGAGAACAGUCUGGGUUUGGAAAGGAGAAAGGAAAGGUAAAGGAUUCCUGACAGAAGAGAGUCUGUUAAGAGGUGGGACUGCUUACACAGUAGGCAGUAUCAGCUGCUAAGUAUCAUUGCAAAGGUACAUUUUGCCACUUUGGCUUUGCAGUUGGCCCAGGGAUCAAAGCCAGCCUCCUCUGGUAAUAAUUCUUAACUCCUGGAACCAGGUGUCAGACAUCAGUGAAGAUAAAUGUUCCAGAAAGAGACUUGAGGAAAUAUUCUUGAAGCACUGUUUAAUCAAUCCAGACCUUCUACAAUGGCAUCUGUUAAGCUGCUGCUCCAGUGCACUUCAGGAUAUGACCCAACAAUUAUAUCGCACUGCUAAAGACUCCAAUCACUUGGUCAAGAAUCCACACCAAAAACUUAAAAAUUAUUCACCUUUCUGGCUUCUAGGAGAAAUUCUGCAAUUACAGUAAAAUUUUAAAAUGUCAUUGUUGAAUAGCUGUAAAAUGCAUGAACACUUGUUCAGAACUAUAAAUAUAAUGUACUUAAAGCCAGUUUAAGCUUUGCCUUUUGUGCUGUGAUACCCAGCAAGCUUAAGCACUUACUUCCUCACCAGGUUUUUUUCCUUUUUACCAUAUGGCAAACAUUCUUUUUCCCCACAUGUUUCUAACCGAGAGAGAAUAUAUCACUUC